AUGGUUGGUAGUCCUUGGAUGUCUUUGUGGUGGAGUAGUUCUCGAAGUGAUUCGAGUGAUAGUGAUAGUAGCCGCACCGAUAGCUCACAAUCGUCACGCUGUGCUGUUUCGAAACGUCAUCAAAGGCGAACCAAACGAAUUUCCAAGUGUUCGUCUGAACAUGAUUCUGAUUCUCCGCCAAGUUAUGCGGUUGUUGAAGAUAAACACGGAAACCUUGUGAUCUGGCCGCAGCGACCGGAAACUGGUCGCUAUUCGCUUGCGGAAUACAAGAAACGAAAGCUACGGGCGAGAAAAUUGCUCAAGUUGAAGCAAGAGAAGCAGUCGAAAUCGAAGAAACGAGAACACACAAAACAUAAAGAACACCAUGAAAAGUGA